AUGAAAAUAUCCAAAUGUUUUCAACAAAAUACCAACAACAACAAUAAAAUAUUUUUAAAAUUAUUUGUAUUAAUUAAUUUAUUUUCUUCAAUAUUUUGUCAGCUUGUAAAAAUUGAAGAAGAAGAAAAUUGUAAUCCAAACCAAUUUAAAUUAACAAAACAUCCAACAUUAAAUACUUCUUAUUUUGAAUGCAAUGAAAAUGGAAAUUUGGAAAAACAUGACUGUCCAGAUGAGAAAAUAUUUAAUAUUAAUAUUUUGGGGUGUGAAGAAGGAAGAAAGACUGAUCCUGGGGAAUUUCAAAGUGAAGGUUUAAUUGAUGGACAGACUUCUUUAAAGAAGCAAAAUAAAAACAGUAAUACUACAACCGCCAGCAAGUCAAAUCAAACCAACAAUACUGAUGAAGAAAAUGUGCUGAAGGAACCUCAAUUUCAAGCUCCAGAUGAUAUUUGUUCUGGCGCAAUUCCACUAACUAAACUUGGAGCGCCUGUGAUGUGUAAUCCAAGCAUUUCAAGUUGUCCUGAUGGUUUUCUUUGUACAUUACAUCAAAGAACUGGAACUUCUUAUUGUUGUCAGGCCUCUAUUGAGUCUAUUGGACCUGAAGGAAGUUCAGGAAAUAUUCCUUUAUGUUCUGGAUUGCAAGUUACCUUCUUUGAGACAUUUUCUGGCUUACCCAAAACUUGUUCCUUAACUUCACCUUCUGGUUGUCCAACAGGUUUUGGAUGUAAUUUGGUUGAUGGAGCUUUUACUAGAUGCUGUGGAAGGGAUUUUGGAUGUCCGGCAAAUUCCGGUUUCUUUGAAAUUUUUCUUUUUAAAAAUUGUGGGGCAUCAUUAUAA